AUGCCUGACGAGAAAAAAGUGACAGUUCACUAUGUAAAUUGGGAAGAAAAUGAUCCAGAAAACCCAAAUAAUUGGCCAGCCAGAACACGCUGGAUGUACACAAUGUUAGUCGCAAGUCUUGUCGUUUCUGCUGCAUUCAGUUCCUCUGUGGUCACUGGUCGUCUGCAAGGUCCUAUGGAAGAUUUUGGUGUCAGUAAAGAAAUUUCUAUUCUUCAAGUUUCACUCAUGGUCUUUGGUUUCAUGAUUGGCCCUUUGUUGUGGAGUCCCUUAUCUGAGCUUUAUGGCCGCAAGCCUAUAUAUGUCUGUGCUCUUUUCAUUUAUGUCAUCUUCAAUAUCCCUUGUGCAGUUGCAAAGAACAUCGAAACACUUCUUGUCUGCCGAUUCUUUUCUGGCUUCUUUGCCUCAGCUGGUCUUACUAUUGCUGGUGGCAGUAUCAGUGAUCUUUUCCACGCAAGAGAGCGUGGUAAUGCCAUUGCCUACUUUGCCGCUGCCCCUUACGCUGGUCCUGUCUUGGGUCCUAUUGUUGGUGGCUGGAUUUCUGUUGGUACCCAAAGCUGGCGCUGGAUCUAUUGGGUCAACAUGAUGCUUGCUGGUGUCCUCUGGGUUCUUAUCUGUCUUAUGCCCGAGACUUAUCAUCCUGUUCUUUUGGCUAGACGUGCUAAGCGAUUAAGACAAGAAACUGGUGACCCUAGCUAUGUUACUGUUGAAGAAGAAUUCCCUACUCCUUUGUCCGAAUUGCUCAGAUCCAAUCUUAUCCGACCCUUUGAAAUGAUUGUUACCGAACCCAUCCUUUUGCUCAUGUCCAUGUAUAUUUCCAUUAUCUACGCUCUCCUUUACGCUUUCUUCUUUGCCUAUCCAAUCAUCUUUGCCGAUAUCCACCACAUGAAUGACGGCGAAGUUGGCGUAACAUUCUGUGGCGUUCUUGUCGGUACCUUUCUUGCACUUCUAGUCACUCCUUGGCUUGAACGUGUUUAUCAACGAUCUGGUGAAAAGAAUCCUACCGGUGAACCUACUCCCGAAAACCGCCUUCCUGGUAUGAUGCUUGCAGCUCCUUUCAUUCCUGUCUCGCUCUUUAUCUUUGGCUGGACCUCCUUCUCUUGGGUCCACUGGUUUGGACCCGUUUCUUCUGGUAUUCCUUUUGGCUUCGGAAUGGUCUUGGUGUACUAUUCUGCUAACAACUAUAUCAUCGACUGCUUCCCUCGUUAUGUGACUUCGGCUCUUGCCGCAAAGACACUCGUGCGUUCCGGUACUGGUGCCGCAUUCCCACUUUUUAUCAUUCAGAUGUACCAUGGUAUGGGUAACCAGUGGGCCAGUACACUUUUAGCCUUUAUCAGUUUGGCUAUCGUUCCUAUUCCUUACGCAUUCUACUUUUACGGAGCUCGUAUUCGUGCUCGUAGUAAGACAGCCACCCAUUAG